AUGUCCACAUCCACGAAAGCCUCAAACGUCAGCAAGAGUGUCCUGAAUUCACUCAGGCACGAGCUCAAGCACUCGGUGAGUCAGUGCUGCUUGCCUUUUGCCAUGGCUAGCAACGUGUAUGCAGGCAAGUGCGGUCUUUUCAUCACGGAGCUCGUCAGGAUGAUGGAGGCAUUGGCGUGCCGCGGGACCCUUGGGAAUAUCCUGCGGAGGGGGAGGCAUCCCAGGUCCGGCAAGUUUGCCCAUGAAGCGUGAUUUGUGCUCACAAAUCGACGCUGUCCCCUUUCAGUUCGCAUCCUCCUUUUCCGCUGACACGCGUCUCCACUUCCGCUGCAAUUCCAUCACCCUUCCACGCACGGCACUCAGCGACGCAAUGUGGCCAACGUCUCCUCCGGCGAGACGGUCUCUCCUCUCUCGCUGUACGUAGAUCAAGUGGCUCGAGGUCUUGAGUCGGAGGACUCGGCAAAUGCGGAGAGCAGACGGAGACUCAAGCAGCUGCGAGAGCUCGAGCUGAUACUGAGGAGCAGCAGGGUGCACGCUGUGAGUAUCGCACCCGGUGUUGUGCGUCUGCACUCAGACCAUACGGCUCGCAUCACGCGCCCGGCUUGCCAAAGUGCGAAUGCUCGAAGAUCAAACGAGACGCAUCUCUGACCACGCUCUGCCUCGCACUCUCUUGCCUCUCUCGUUCCGCAGGAACUGCUUCAGCGGUACAAUCCUACGCACGGCAUGUCGGAAGCUGAGCGAAUCCGAACGAGCGCGCGCGUAGUCGGCUGGGAAGUUCCGCUGGAGUAUGUAGACGAAGAUGGAUCUCUAGCCAAGGCGGUAGCAGGCUUGGACAGCGCGGACGAGGGGCAGGUGCAAGAGAGCAGGAGGAAGGUGGAAGAGCUCAAAGCCAAGCACGAAGCCAAGGGCUACACGGGACCCUUGCCCUUCCCGCCCGAAUCGGGAUAG